AUGAAUUUAGAUCCAAUACAAAUCCCACAAGAUAAUUUUUUUGAAGUUUUAGUUAUAGGAGGAGGUACAUGUGGAUUAUCAAUUUCUGCAAGAUUAUUAGAAACUCAUCCAGGUUCAUUAUUUACAGAAGAUGAACAUCAAAGAUUUCAUUGGUUAAAACAAAGAGGUAAUAAAGUAAAUUUAAUUAAUUCAAAACAUUCAAAUUAUCAAUAUAAACAAAAUUUCCUGAGUAAAGAUAUUUUAAUACUUGAUUCAUUAGGUGAUAAAUUUAUGACUGGAUGGAAUUCACAAUUUGAUGCCUGUAAAAUACCAUAUUUAAGAUCACCUAUGUUUUUUCAUGUUGAUCCAGUUAAUAUUGAUGGCAUGGUUAGUUUUGCUCAUUUAAAUAACAGAAAUAAUGAAUUAAUGGAAAUUACAAAUGUUGUAGGUAAAGAAUAUUCAAAACAUCAACAAAAAAGAAUCAUGGAAAAGAAGAAGAAGAAAACCAAGAAGAAGAUGAAUGGAAAGAAAGAGAAUAACCAUGAUUCUGAUGGAAUAGUUGAGAUUAAUAUGAGAGAUUAUAGAGAUUAUUAUCGUCCAUCAACUAAAUUAUUUCAUGAUUAUUGUCAAGAAAUUAUUCAAAGAUAUAACCUUGAAUCAAGAAUUAAACAAGAUGAAGUUAUUUCAAUUGAUUAUAAAUUAAUUCAAGUGGAUGGUGAAAGUGAUGAAAUAGGUAAAGGAUUAAUUAUAACUACUAAAAAUGGUCACACAUAUGGAUGUAAAUCAGCAAUACUUGCAACUGGACAUCGUGGAGAUAUAAAUUAUCCAAUUUCUCCAUUUAUCGAAGAAGCACAUUUUCCAGAAUCAAGUUGUCAUACUACACAUUUAUUUAAUAAACAAGUUUCUUUUUUACAAGAUUGUUAUUUUAAUAAUCCUAAACUGAAAAGAAUUGUUAUUAUUGGUGGAGGUUUGACAUCUGCUCAAUUAGCUUAUGUAGCAGCACAAGAUCCAACAGUUAGUUCAAUAACAUUAUUGUUCCGUUCAGGUAUUAAAAUUAAACAUUUUGAUUUUCAUUUAGAUUGGGUUACUAAAUAUAGAAAUGUUAAAAAAUCAUCAUUUUAUAUACUUGAUACAGAUGAAGAAAAAAUUGAAAUGAUUAAUAAUGCAAGAGAAGGAGGUUCAAUUAAUCCAGAAUAUUAUAAAAAAUUAAUUAAAUUAACUAAAACAAAUAGAAUUUCAUGGAAAAUUCAUACUAAAAUAAUUGAUCAAAAUUGGAAUAUUGAAAAUAAAUCAUGGGAUUUAAAAAUAAUGAAUAAUGAAAAUAAUGAAAUUGAAUUAUUGAAAAAUAUAGAUUAUAUUUAUUUUGCUACUGGAAUUUCAGAAAAUAUUGAGUCUUUAGAAUUUUUAAAACCUAUGAUUAAUGAAAAUCCAAUUGAUAUAGUUGGCGGAUAUCCAUGUUUAACAGAUAAUUUACAAUGGAAUAAUGAAGUUCCGUUAUUUAUGUUGGGUAAAAAUGCUGCUUUAAGAAUGGGUCCAACUUCUGCAAAUCUAGAUGGUGCAAGGUUAGGUGCUGAAAGAAUUGGUUGGUAUUUACAAGAUUUAAAACAACGGGGUGAAUUUGAUUGGAGUCCAGUUAAAUCAAUUACUAAAGAUGAUGAAAGAGAACGAGAAUCUAAUACUUAUGAAACGAGAUUGAAAUUAGCAAGUGGUCAAUUGAAUUGGUUUACAUUACUUGAAUCAUCAUAA